AACUCACCAGCCCCCGGCUGCUGGAAUGACCAUCAGGACUGAGGUUCCGACCAGCAUCAGACUCACUGGCAACUCGCCCGUCGUUGGUUGACUCGACCUUCACACGCACCUGACGACACAACGAUCCAGUCGCACAACUUGCCCACUCUGUCUUCAGCCCAGCAGGUAAACAACAUGUCCCCAGCUUGGUUAUCUCUGACACUGGUGUUGGUGCUGGUGCCCAGUCUGACCUUCUCCUACCCGUCAGACUACUCCGAACUCCAGAUGAGAGAGAGGGAUGGUGAGCUUUCGGCGCCGUCUCAGAAAGACAACAAGCUGUUUCUGAGAGCCCUCCUCGACCAUCUGGUGCUGGCGUCAAGGCAAAGAACACUUCAGUCGCCGGACUACCAGGCGUCCGCCAUCCGUGACUUCAACGAUCCCAGCUACAUCAGCGACACUUUCAACAACGACGAAGAUUCCAUGGCCAAACGAGGACCAGGCGGUAUUAACGAAAACCGUGCACACUGUCUGGGCACUACAAGGUGCGGUUAACACAUUCCACACGAUUUUCUGCAUCAUUUGUGUUUCAAAGCCCUUUUUCCGAUGUGUUUCCACUGGGAACUAUUUAUUUUGCGAACUGUUCACUUAGAAGGGACGAGCAAGAUGGCGUUGUGUACGUCACGUGACCAGAUGUCAGCCCGGCAGCCAUGAUCCACAAGCUGAUUGUUGCCAACGUGGUUAAGGCUGUGUGCAGCAGUGCUUAUCCUGUUAUCAUUAUGUUAUUAAUUUUUGUUAGAAAUAGGAAUCAUUAAAAGACACCAACCUUGACA